GGGGUGGAUUACAUGGCGUUUCCAUGGGUACCAAUAACGCUUGUUGUCGGAACCACGGUAGCUAUCCAGAAGUAGCACAUAUCCAGUAGCUGGUGUUUGGUGUCGACGCUUAGCAAGACAUGUCUGGGCCCACAGCUACCGAGGGGAAAGCGAAAAAGCUGAGUUCUGUUGUCACUAUGCGUUCUAAGCUUGGAACACAUUUUAAAAAGGCAUCGGUCAUCUCUGGAUCCGUAACACAAAGCAAAGUAAACCAGAGUACUUUCAGUCGUAGUAUAAUUGGAACAUCUAGUAGAAAAAGCUUAAAUCUACAUGCUGAAAGCAAAAUGGGCGAAAGAAACCUUUCAAUGGUUAGCAAGCAAAGUAUUAAGAUUUUCGAUGACGAUGGAAAAGAUGUAUCCCCUCAACCACUUUUUCAAGCUGAGCCUGGAACAGUACCCCAAAAGCAAAACAAAUUGUUUACACCACCCGAUGCAUCAGGAAUAGGCGCAUCCGAUAUUUUUUCAUCAAUCUCUCUACAGCAUACUGCAUUUAAUGCUAGCUUUGUUGGUCCAUUUACAAGGUCAACAUUUGGUGCCAGUACUGUUUCAAGAUCCAGCAAAGAAACAGAAUCGAUGACAGAAGAUAUAGAGGAGACUGGUUUUAAACGUGAAAUUGCUAGUUUAUCAGAAAUACAAGGAAAGCAGCAUGAGAUGCAACCAACUGAAGAGGACUUGGAUAAAAUAAUUAACAUAUUCCUAACUGACACUGAAACACUUUGGCUGCUGGACAUGCCACCUGCACUAACCGCAACUGAUUCAGAAAAUGCUGAUUUAGUCAGGGUGCGUAAUCAAGCAUAUGAAGAUCUCUGCAAAGACAAAGUUGGGAAUGAUAAAUACAUUGAACGUAUGAUGCAGACUUUCAGUGGGGCACCAAAGAAUAAAGAAGUUCAAUGUGACAGAAUUAUCUUGGAAGAUACAGGGGUAAUGGCAUCUGUAUGGGAUUUAUAUGAUUCAUAUCUUUCACCUGAAAGCCUACCAAUGAAGGAAGCGGUGGAUAGAGCUAUUGAGACAAAAAAUAUUUCUAGCAGUAGGUUGAGUGAAAGCAGAGGAACACAGUCUAUGAAUUCAUUGGGAAGAGGAGACAGCUUUUCAAGCUCUAUCGCUGACAUAGAAAGACUGGCACUCACUCGAAUCCCAGAUGAAGUUGAGCCUGAUUCUGAAGAAAUAUUAAAAUCGGAGAAAUUUCUGCAGGAUCUCUUUUUCAUGGAAAGGGUUGUGGUGGAAAACACGUUUCAGUCACGGCUUGCUGCUUAUCGACAGUUACCUGUUAUCGCAGAUCCUGAUGAGGAUGAGGACAAAAUCAGUGCAAUGCCCUCAAAUAUCGUAUCACCCAGUUUAAACAGACUGUGGUCUUUUGCAUGUGAUGUAACUAAAGGGCAUAAUGUUAGCAGCAUGUCAUGGAAUAAAAAGAACUCUGAUCUACUGGCUGUUGGUUAUGGUCAAUUUGGAUUUGCAGAACAGAAAGGAGGAAUGGCUUGCUGCUGGUCACUAAAAAACAUUAUGUGGCCUGAACGUAUUUUCCACUGUGAAUGUGGUGUAACAGCCGUGGACUUCUCUGCAGUUCAUCCAAAUCUUCUUGCAGUUGGAAUGUAUAAUGGUACAGUGGCUAUUUACAAUGUGCAGAAUAAUGAAGAUUUUCCAGUACUAGACAGUAGUGACAACCCAAAUAAACACACAUCCCCAGUAUGGCAACUGAAAUGGAUUGAGCACGACAGAGGCAACCUUGGAGAUGAUAAAGGAGAAAUCCUGGUGUCUGUAUGUGCAGAUGGGAGAAUAACAAGGUGGCAUAUUAGAAAAGGAUUGGACUGUAAUGAUCUUAUGAAACUAAAACGAACAGGGAGUGGAAAAUCAAAAAAGUCAAGCAACGAGAAAGAAAGAAAAGGAGAAGCAUUCAUUUCCCGGCAAGCUCCUGGCAUGUGCUUUGAUUUUCUCCCAAAGGACUCCAACAUCUAUCUUGCUGGCACAGAAGAGGGCCACAUACACAAGUGCUCAUGCUCAUACAAUGAACAGUUUUUGGAUACAUAUCGUGGACACAAGGGCCCUGUGUAUAAAAUAGUAUGGUCUCCAUUCUGCCCAGAUGUAUUUCUGAGUUGCUCUGCAGAUUGGUGUAUUCACUUAUGGCAGCAAGAUGUCCUGUUACCCAUUCUAACCUUUUCUAAUACGACCAACGCCGUAUAUGACAUUAUGUGGUCUCCUUCCUCUGCAUUAAUGUUUGGGGCAGUCAGUGAGAACAGAGUGGAAAUCUGGGAUCUAGGUGUCAGCAUAAUAGAUCCAGUCAUAGUAAAUGAAGCCAACCCUGGAGUUAAGCUUACAUCAAUUUUAUUUGCUAAAAAUACAGACUGUGUCUUGAUUGGUGACAGUGAU